AAGAAAGUCACACUUGCUGAAAGAGAGAAACCGCAAGCGUUUCGCAACUCUGGCGACGGUGACUGCCGCGGCGUCGAUGCCAUCGACGCGAACCACUGGACUGAAUCGGCGCGGGUCGAACGAGAAGAACAGAGCCACGUCGGAGCCGGUAGAGGCGAUCAAAACACCCUUUGAGAGUCCUGCAAUGUCCAAGUUCCCCCACACUAACCCGUCGCCAUCCCCCACGCCACCACCGCGCCAACUCAUGGAGCUGUUCCCGCCACUGCCGACGUCCACUUACGUGCAAUGUCUCCAGCGUCAUGCGUACCUCGUAGAAAAACUAUCCAAGCUAGGCAGCACUAGCAGCAUCCUCGAUCCCACGUACCGUCAAGUUCUUACUCUCACAGUGACCGAAAUAUUGGACGCCUCGUCCGCGACCCUUGAGAUCGCGUCACUGACGUUGCCACCAACGUUGCGAUUCAUGCUGCACUUGCUGAUUGCCCAAGAGCACCACGUGUGGCCAAAGGAAGUACCGUCACCAGAGCUAGUCGUGGGACUCUGCAACAUCCACGUCUUGUUGUGGCGCGUCACCACCCGCAUCGACGCAAUCUUGGCUCAGGCAUUGGCGAAUGGAGCUGCAAAAGAAGCAUGGCAGGAUGCGACUCCUUUGGAAGACAUCAACGCUAACCUGAAGCUGCGGCUGGCUCUCAUCGCGGAGGAGUGGGCCAACGUUGUGUGCACGGUUGUGCGCAACAUCUUUCAAGCAGUGGCUGCGGACACGGUUGCUACGGGAAGUGCUUCAAACAAGCACGAGGGCACGCCGUUUAUGACCAAGUUGCUCCACGAGUUGCUGCGCCCGAUGGGCAACUUUGUCUUGACUGUUGACGACGACAAUGCAAAACGAUACGUGCUGACACACCUGCUCGACAACAUCAUCGACACUACAAUCGAGGAACUCGUGUCGUCGGUGGGCCAAGUUACUGAGAGCGACCGGCGGCACCUCCAGGGCAAUAUCGACCAGCUCAAGGCGUGGAUCGAAGCGACGUGCGACCGAUUGUCGACUCUGCCGUCCGUCAAGCGCCUCGAUCGGCUUAACCAGGAGUGGAGCAUCCUCGGCGUCGACAAUCGACGUCGGCGAUCGAGCUUUGACGUCAUCAUGGACUCGCUCACGUCCGACUCCAUCGCCCGAUUCUAUCGAGGCAAGCACCAGCAGUCCGUCGGGUCCAUGCGGCACCUCAGCACAAAGACGACACGCCGACCGUCGUCGCACAGGUCGCAGAUGCACUCGACAACGUAAUCCACCCAGGGCUACAUACAUCCUCGUCCCCCAUCGCCCACGACGUCUCUUGCGCCACAUCCUGUCGAUCUUUCUGCAGCCUAGAAGCGCCGUAGGACGGCGACAAGUUGACGAACUAUGUGAAGCCCACACGUCUGGCAAACUUUCGCC